AGCGCCCGGGGAGCGGGGGGGCCGGGCCGGCAGCCCGGGCGCUCAGGAUGUUCCCGCAGGGACGGCACCCGCCCCCGCUCCAGCCCGGGCAGCCCUUCAAGUUCUCGGUGCUGGAAAUCUGCGACCGCAUCAAGGAGGAAUUUCAGUUCCUGCAGGCGCAGUACCACAGCCUGAAGCUGGAAUGCGAGAAGCUGGUGAGCGAGAAGACCGAGAUGCAGAGACAUUAUGUCAUGUACUACGAGAUGUCCUACGGCCUGAACAUUGAAAUGCACAAGCAGGCAGAGAUUGUCAAGAGGCUGAGUGCCAUUUGUGCCCAGAUUAUUCCCUUCCUGACGCAGGAGCACCAGCAGCAGGUCCUGCAGGCAGUGGAACGGGCCAAGCAGGUGACCAUGGGGGAGCUCAACAGCAUCGUCGGGCAGCAGCAGCUUCAGCACCUCUCCCACCACGCAUCCCCCCUCCCGCUGGCACCCCACCCCUCCAGCAUGCAGCCCUCUAGCCUGAGCGGGGCCAGCGGCACCUCGGGGCUCCUGGCCCUCUCGGGGGCACUGAUGGCUCAGCUGGCCACCAAGGAGGACAGAGUGGCCCAGGAUGGGGAGAACAGAGGAUGGCUUCCACAAAGGAGGAAAACAAAGUCCAGGGAGAGAAUAAAAGCAGGCUGUGCUGUGCUGAGCCUGCUUAACCCUCAGAGCCUGGGCAGCCCGUGCCUCCAGCCAGAACUUCUCCCAGCCUGGGUGUUUGGCCAUGAACACACCCCAAGCCGGAGUGUUUCCUCCUCCCCUGCCGAGAGCCUGCAGGACGAGGAGCGGACGGGGCUGAAGCGGAAGCGGGAGGAGAAGGAGCUGCCUGGGCAUUCUGACAGCGAUGGGGACAAGAGUGACUACAACCUGGUGGUGGAUGAGGACCCUCCCUCGGAGCCCGGCAGCCCUGGCCGCUCGCCCGGUCGCCGCCGGGAGCUGCCCCAGAGCCCCGCGUCCCUGCGCUCCAGCGGGAGCACCACACCCUUGCAGCCCAAGGAGCAGAGCCCGACUGACUCUGUGGCCAGCGCUCCCACCUCCAAGCCCUCCUCUUCCUCACCAGCCCGUGACUCCCUCACUCCUGGCCCUGGGCCCAGCUCGGCCAUCCCGCUCCGGCCACCCCCGGCCAAGGCUCCCAGCACCGACACCGUCACUCUCCGCAGCCCCCUGAGCUCCUCCAGCCCCUACACGUCCUCCCUGGGGAUGCUGCCCCACGCCACCCUCAGCGGGGAGCUCCCAGCCCCUGGGCUCUACAUGGGCAUCCACCUCUCACCCCAGGUCAGCAGCGCAGUGCUCUACGGCCGCUCCCCCGUGGUGGCGUUUGAGUCGCACCCUCACCUGAGGGCUUCCACCCUCUCCUCUUCGCUCUCCACCAUCCCUGGAGGGAAGCCGGCCUACUCCUUCCACGUCAGCGCUGACGGGCAGAUGCAGCCGGUGCCUUUCCCCCCCGAUGCCCUCAUCGGCUCCGGCAUCCCCCGGCACGCGCGGCAGCUGCACACCCUGACCCACGGCGAGGUGGUCUGUGCUGUCACCAUCAGCAACUCCACACGCCACGUCUACACCGGGGGCAAGGGCUGUGUCAAGGUGUGGGACGUGGGGCAGCCAGGCACCAAGACGGCCGUGGCUCAGCUGGACUGCCUGAACCGUGACAACUACAUCCGUUCCUGCAAGCUGCUCCCCGACGGCCGCAGCCUGAUCGUGGGGGGGGAGGCCAGCACCCUGUCCAUCUGGGACCUGGCAGCCCCCACGCCCCGCAUCAAGGCUGAGCUCACCUCCUCUGCCCCUGCCUGCUACGCCCUGGCCAUCAGCCCUGAUGCCAAAGUCUGCUUCUCCUGCUGCAGCGACGGCAACAUCGUGGUGUGGGACCUGCAGAACCAGACGAUGGUGAGGCAGUUUCAAGGCCACACAGACGGUGCCAGCUGCAUUGACAUCUCUAACUACGGCACCAAGCUGUGGACAGGAGGGCUGGACAACACCGUGCGCUGCUGGGACCUGCGGGAGGGGCGGCAGCUGCAGCAGCACGACUUCAGCUCCCAGAUCUUCUCCCUGGGCUACUGCCCCAUGGGAGAGUGGCUGGCGGUGGGGAUGGAGAGCAGCAACGUGGAGAUCCUGCACGUCACCAAACCCGACAAGUACCAGCUGCACCUCCACGAGAGCUGUGUCCUCUCUCUCAAAUUCGCCUCCUGUGGGAAGUGGUUUGUGAGCACAGGGAAGGACAACCUGCUCAACGCCUGGAGAGCACCCUAUGGAGCCAGCAUCUUCCAGUCUAAGGAGUCCUCGUCAGUCCUGAGCUGUGACAUCUCUGUCAACGACAAAUUCAUUGUUACGGGCUCUGGCGACAAGAAGGCCACGGUGUACGAGGUGGUUUACUGACUCCUGUCACCCUUCCUGCUCCAUCAGGAAAGGGGACACACCCUCCCCAAAGCCACCACGGCUCACAGAGGCCUCCAGUGCCGGACCUGCCCUCCAGCAGCUCUACUUUCCCUCCUCCUCCACUGCUUUCAGACACCAACCCAAGACCCUAGCCCCAUUCUCCUGCCCCUGUUCGUGUACAAGGAUGGAGGUGAGGGCUGGGUCCAGUCUGACAUCCCCUGAAGCUGGGCCAGGGCUGAGCUGGACAUCCUGGGCCCUGUCUGUCCCUCAGGCCGGCUGCACAGGGAGCUGGACAAAGCCUCAGAGUGCGUCUCCUGAAUUACUGCUACUGAUUUAAUGGCACCCAUUUUCUGCUGCAGAAACAGCUGUAAAUUAUCAGUAAAGAAAUGUAUUUAACUAUGUUUUCAAUCCCUUACUAAUAAAAAGGAACAAAAGAA